CCGGAACAAAAAAAAUAAAGUUGGUUUAGAGUUGCUGAAAAGUGAUUUUUCGUAUUCAACACACCCGAUAACCCAGAAGAUUUUCUAUUUUUGACUCGGGGUACUUCCGAAAGUUUAAGAAAAAUUUUGAAACAAAAUGGCGCAAAAAGUUUUCCAUGGAAAAAUAAUAUUAAUUUGAAAACUUUUCCCAAACUUUCGGAACUACCUCGGGCCAAAAAACAGAAAAUCUUCUGGGUUAUCGAGUGUGCUGAAUACGAAAAACCACUGUUCAGCAACUCUAAACCAACUUUAUUUUUUUUCCGGUGAUAUGAAAAAAAUAAAACUUCAGUGCUGAGAAAAAAAUGACAUUAAAAUCCGCAAAAUGAUAAUAAACAUGUUUGAAAAACCUUUUUGUUUUGCAAUAGGCAUUUAUUUAUACAACUUCUACACCUUUUAUAGAGCUUUCGACGGCUCAUCUUUUGAAACAAAAUCAAGAUUCUAUCAUUUCCUUUAGUCUAGAUACAUACAAAAUAUAAAAGUCUUCCGAACAUUUUUAUUACGUUAAAUACGGUGGAAAGUAGCACUAUCAUGUAUGUCUUUUUCUUUAUCAUUUGUCUGUGGAGAUAUAUUCGCAAAACAAACUAUGUUGUGAACAUUUUGGAGCACUCGGGAUUUCAGAAUGUUUAAUACGUAUUUUGACUAUAAUAUCGUCAGUUCUCAAUGAAGUACUUAUCAACCGCUCUUGAAAAUUUUACCCGAUGUCUAGCUGUUGUUCGUAGAGGUUGAGUAGAUGACGAUUCGAUCUAGAUAAUGAAAUGUUGAUAACAUUGUUGAUAGCGAAGUUAAUAGUGAAUUUUCUGCUCGUCGAUUAGUUUACGCUGAAUUUGUGCGAAUUAGUGCCCCCAUAUGUUAUUGAUUUUCGUUAUAUUUCAAAUCUACAAACAUUCAUCUAAAAUCUUGACUUCUUGAGAUUUCUUGAAUUCUUACAUUUCUUAUCAAAAUCUUAAAUCAAGAUCUUACUGGAAAAAUUCAAAAAGUCAAGCUCUUGCUUAUAAUACGUUCCACUAGGAUGUGAAGAAAGUGACAAACAACAAUGUGAUAAAGGAAACCGAAUAAACAGUAAAAUUUAUACUGGUUCUAUAGAAACGGCAUUAAUUUUACACAGACUGUCUACAGUGUCUAUAGACCGAUAGUAAUCAGAAUCUAACAUACCAUCCAUGAAUUCCAGAACUAUUUGCAGAACUAUUUUUUUUACUAUUAUUUGUACAUGAUUGGGUAGAGCUACUCGAAUGGAGCAAGAAAAAGUGGUUUUUAAUUUUAAAAAGAAUUUCUUUUGAGGAAGUAAAAUCGAAAAACAUCCAAAGAUCUAAAAUUUCGAAAAAUCCUUCAGUUUCCAAAAAAUCGUAGUUUUUUUGCUUAGAAGAGUAAGAAGAACGAAAAAGAAAAAAUUUCGAGAAAAAAAUCUUCGAAUUGUUUCAAUUUUUCUUCCUUAACAGAACUAUUUAAAAAAUUAAAAACUGCUUUUUCUUAUUCAGCUCGACAAACUUUAUCCGACUAUGUGUAAAUGAAAGAAAAAAAUAGUAUUGCAAAUUGGUGUCAAGAUAUAUCUGGAUAGUUUAUGUCUGUCUAAAACCAGCGUCGACACAUAUUGCCUGUAAUAUUUAUCCCGACAUAUCACAGUGUGACAACGGAUACGAUAAGUUUUUUAUCGCAGAGAAGACAUUUUUUUCUAUCGGAAAAGUUUUUUUUCGGCUGUACACAUUUUCUUUUUCAUUCUUCAGUAAAAAUAUAGAUAAAGUUUAACAAACAGUUGCCCUAGUUUAUAUAUACUAUUACUUUGCAUCUGAGUUAUACACUAUUGCUUUCACAUCUUCACAAUACUAUAUUUUCAUUUCGAGAAAGUUCGGUUUAGUAUGUAAGUUUUACAAAAACUAUUUACUUUAUUUAUUUUUUUGUAUUCAUUUCUUUUUUAUUCUAGUUACAUAAAUGAAAAUCUGGUGAUUUUGAAAUGAUUGACUUAUCAUAUAGUUUGAUUAGUCACAGAAUUAUCCGACUUAUUUGGAAUUUAGCAUUAAUUAUCAUAAUGCUGUUUAUUAUAAUAAAGUUACCAGCUCAGAGAAUUACCACACAAAUCACGCAGUAUUCUAUUCGUUUUGUAGCUAAUAAACCAUUGAUAUUACUCUAUACUCACAAUUUUUCAAUCAAGACGCGUGAUAAUAUUUGUAAGGGAAAGAAAGGUAGUCAUUUAGUUAAUUUUGAUUAUUGUCCAUAUAAAUGUGAUUUUUCAUGCCAACUAAAGGAUUUUAAUCGUUCGACGGUCGUUUUAUUUUUUGGCGAAGAUUUCUCAUGGCCAUUUCAACUGACAAAUAAUAAUCGAACGUCUGCGAAUCAAAUAUGGGUAUUCUGGUCUUGGGAGGCGCCCAUACAACAUCCAGAAUACACAAAAAGUGGACUCAGUUUUAAUUGGACAAUGACAUAUCGUCGUGAUUCUGAUAUUUGGCAUACUUAUGGUAAAUAUAUUCACCGCAAUUUAUCUCGUUCGAUUAACGAUGCUCAGUGUGUCGACUUUUACAACUCUCCAAACAAUCAGUCAACAUUUAACAUACCAAACGAAUUUUUGAAAAGAAAAAAUCGUAUAUUAUGGAUAGUAUCAAAUUGCAAUGCUAAAACAUAUCGUAAUCAGAUAGCACUAAAAUUAGGCAGAUAUUAUCCUAUUGAUCAAUAUGGUUCGUGUACGAACAAGACAAGGUUAUCUGAAGAACAGUUUGGAAAAAUCUUAUUUGGCUACAAAUUUUAUUUAGCUUUCGAAAACUCUCAUUGUCUUGAUUAUAUCACCGAGAAAGUAUUCUACAACGCACUAGUUCAUGGUAGUAUUCCAAUUGUGAUGGGUGCAAGUGAAACCAAUUAUGUUGAAUUACUGCCAAAAUCCUCUUUCAUGUAUAUUACACAUUCUUCGAAUUUUACAGCAUUUGCUUCCGAGCUAGUGAGGAUAGGUAGUGAUAUCGAUAGAUAUAGAACAUAUCACGAGUGGCGUGCAGAGUAUCGAGUUCUUACAUGGCCUAAUGGAUAUUAUCUAGAUGAUAAAUUUUGUGAUCUAUGUACUAAGCUACAACAAAAAACUUAUCAACCUAAAGCAUAUACUAACUUUUCAAAUUGGUUAAAUAAAUGCUGGAAACCAUUAUCGUAG